AUGGGCAGCGCGUGUGCCGCAGCUGAGAGGGCGCCUGGACGGUGGGAGCGCCAGAGCCCUUUGGGAGCUGGGCUGCGUUGUGCCCUAGGGGUUGAGCCGUGUGCCCAGGACGGGCAGUGCCCACCACCGUCUGCCAGCCCCUGCCCUUGUGAUGGCAAUGACUGCCCUGAAGGCAUCAACAAGGACUUUGGCAACUGCACCCAACGAUCCUGUCCAGCAGGGGAGCGGCGCUGCAAGCUGGGCAGGGCCUGCAUCCCACACACGUGGCUCUGCGAUGGCCACCCGGACUGUCCGGACUCCAGUGAUGAACUUGGCUGUGGAGAGAAUGCCACAUCUGUGGUGACCCCUGGGACCCUGGAGAGUGUCACCUACCUUAGGAAUGCCACAGCCACCUCCACUGGGGACCAGGACUCAAGCCAGUCUGGAAAUCGAAGUGCCUAUGGGGUCAUUGCAGCGGCAGUGGUGUUGAGUGCAGGCGUGGCUGCUGCUGCCCUCCUCGCCCUGUCCCGACUCUGGGCCCCCCGGUGCCUGCACCCCCUGGGGCUGCUGCUGGCCGUGAAGGAGUCCCUGCUGCCACUGGAGAGGAAGGCCUCGCUGCUCUGAGGGCGCGCUCUUGCCACCAGGCCCCUGGGGCUGAGUGGCAGCUCUGGGGACGCACACGAGACUGCUGGCGCGCCAGCCCACUUGUGGGCUCUUCCGUCC